AUGGUCGUGCAAUACUUCCGUUCGGCUCUGCGGGUAGACCAGGUCCUGCUUGGCGAUUGGGCGUCCAUCAGCCUGACGCUGGACGUGUUCAAGCUACCACAUACGCUCGCGGGUGUGCGUUUGCUUCUGGAGAAGUGGAUCAACAUUAUAAAGCCCGAGUACUUCAUGGCUAGCGUGCCCAUUUCCUUCGAGUACUCGGAUGAGAAUGCGCCUGCUUCUGCUGGUACAAAUGAGCUGCCUGAUGGUGCGGAAAUGCUGCUCCAAGUGCUGCUGCCGCUGGCUGAAGAGAAGAAGCUGCCGAUUGCGCUAAAGUUUGACAGCCCGAGCAACGUGGAUAUUUUGAUCGAGCUGUGCCGUAACUUCCCCAAAGUAAAGUUCCUGGCCACGUUUCUCUCGCGUGUGAACCAGCACGAAGUGACCGUGGCGGCCAACAAGUUACGGAUCAUACAUCUGUAUGACUACUGGUGGUACUGCAACAACCCGUCGAUCAUUGAAGAGCUCACGCAGAUGCGUAUCGAGAUCCUGCACAGCGUUCACGAGCCAGCACUCGGACGCGCGUGUACUGGACGAGCUCAUUUACCAGUGGAGUUACUCUUGUUAUGGGCUGAGCCCGUUACAUAA